GUGCUUCCGGGUGCACCGCCUGCCCGCUCGGCCGCUCCGCCACGCCGCCGCCGCCGCCUGCCGCCGGGUCGCACUCUGUCCCGGCUCGCUCCGCGUUCCCCCUUCGCUUCUCCCCGCGUCUGACGAUGCUGCCGUGGGGCUCCCGGGCUUCGGGGCCGUGGGCCCGCCUGCCGCUGUUGUUUCUGUUAGCGCUUGCGGCCUGCGCGGCGCGGGCCUCCGAGAUCACGUUCGAGCUGCCCGACAACGCCAAGCAGUGCUUCUACGAGGAGAUCGCCCAGGGCACCAAGUGCACCCUCGAGUUCCAGGUGAUCACUGGAGGUCAUUAUGAUGUUGACUGUCGGUUGGAAGAUCCUGAUGGCAUUGUAUUAUACAAAGAGAUGAAGAAACAAUAUGAUAGCUUCACGUUUACUGCAUCCAGAAAUGGAACAUACAAAUUCUGCUUCAGCAAUGAAUUCUCUACUUUUACACACAAAACUGUGUACUUUGAUUUCCAGGUUGGAGAAGAUCCACCACUGUUUCCUAGUGAGAACAGAGUAACUGCACUUACUCAGAUGGAGUCUGCAUGUGUUUCAAUUCACGAAGCUUUGAAGUCUGUCAUCGAUUAUCAGACUCACUUCCGCUUGAGGGAAGCGCAGGGCCGCAGCAGAGCUGAGGAUUUAAACACGAGGGUGGCCUACUGGUCAAUAGGGGAAGCAAUCAUUCUUCUUGUCGUUAGUAUCGGGCAGGUAUUUCUCCUCAAAAGCUUCUUCUCAGAUAAAAGAACCACGACAACCCGUGUUGGAUCAUAACUGGUAGUGGUAAUGCUUCAUGUCAUUGUGUGUUACUUAUCUGUUGAAGUUAACAGUUCUGCAGUUAAUUAUAGGUACAAAGGAUGUGAAUGUAUGCAACAUUUAAAUGAGUCUACUCCUCAUCCCUUAAAAAUCACAAGUCAGACCUAAAAAGAUAAUGAAAGGGACACAGUAUUUGAAACAUUUUCUUCAACUUAAGUGUGUUCUGAUUCCUGCAUUAAAUACUUGGCAGUGACCACUCUCACUUUUACUGAGAUUGAUUUUACCAGUAAGAUGAGCCAUCUGGGAGUAUAACUCUUUAAAGUAGCCCAACAGUCUAGUGUCUGAUUUGAGAGACAGUAUAUAUGAAACUUCUGUUUUAUUUUAACCUUCAGGCUGAUUGUAUUGGAUUACACAAAAGCAAAUGCGAUGAAUUUUAGUGCACUGGUUUGAUGUGCUGUUAGAAAAAAUAAUCCAUUGGUACCCCUUGCUUAUUUGUAAAACUGUUGCGAGCUUGACAUUACAUCACGGCGCAAAUUUUCCAUCAGCCUGCUAACUCCAUCUUCAAAACUUGCUAAAUUAUAUACUUGAGUAUGUUUGCUUAAGCAUGCAUUCUUUUAUAUUAGAACAAGUUUUUUAAAUUCUUCUUUUCCUAAAUUAUAAACUGAGACUACUCAGGAAAUCCACUUCCUGCAUUCAAAAAUCCAAAUCUCCAAGUUUAUUUAAAAACAUGCAGUAAAAUAGGGAAUCUUUUGUCACUGAAACUGUGCAGUUUCUGUACUCAUACAUGCUGCUGCUGCUUUUUGGAUUUUAAUACCAUAGGUAGCUUGGUUUGUUAAGCAGCACAGCACCAGCACUGGACAGGGUUAUGUUACGUGUUAGGCACAUAUAAAGCUUUUUACUAAAUUGUUUUCCUAUCAAAAGGCCAAGUUGAUACUGAUACUGCAUUGCACAAGUGCUGUAAAUUUUACUUUCCUGUGUGUGGUGCACUGAUACAUGAUGGCCUUGUGUAUCUGGCUGGCACUCUUUUUUGCUAGUGGUCAGGAAAUGUUUUAAAUACUUCAGGUUAUCUUUUUCUAGUUAGAGUUGCCUUGUUUCCACUGCUCAUCUCUUUAGUAGCUUAUGUUCUGUAGAGUCUUGUUUUAUUUUGAUGUGGAAGCUCAUAGAUGCAUGUACAUACGAGUAGCUUGAAUUGAGCUGGUCAUAACAAGGCUAAACUCCUUCAAAUGGCUCUGGAGGAUUAAGUAGAACCAACCAACUCUUAAGUACACACAAACUAAAUGAAGGUGAAAAAAUUCAUCAUACAUUACUGGCUAAAUCAAAAGAUGCUUCUUAAACAAGUUUCCAGCAACCCAAGAAAGGAUGCUAAACCCUUAUCAAUUGCCUGUAUUGUUUCUAGCAAAAAUGUGGAAUUACAUGUACAGGUGACACUUGAGCAGUCUCAAGAACUGAUCUAAGAUGACAUGAGUUUAAUAUCUUGUGAUCGCUGAGAAAAUUAAACAAAAGGGCACCUACUCUCUGUUGUGAACUGAAUGGCUGCUCUUUUGGAAUUAAGAAAAAACGCAAAACAGUUCAAAAAGUAUUUAAAAGGCCCCAGGGGUAUUAAAAACCUUAAUGUAUGUAAAAUGCAGGAUUGUAUGUAAAGUCUUCCUAUCCUGUACUGAAUUCUAAAUACUGCAGUCCCAUUUUAGGAUGCAAGCUUUCCAGAAAUAUUAGGCUUACAAAGAUCAAAAAACUAAAAAAUCAGGGCUUUCUUCUCACGAUACGAAUCUGUGCCUGCAAGCACUAUUCUUGAUUGUACCUAUAUGCUUUAUUCCUGUGUUUCAGCAGCUGAUACUCAGUACUUUUUGUGUUGCAUUGCACACAAUAAUAAAGCAAGUGGUACAUUUUGGGUGCAAGUGUUGGCUGAAAAUAUGAUUUAAUUUUGAUAGUGUCCACUGUUACCUUCUGGAGUUUGAGUAUCACUUAUGUAGCUUUAAUCACAACAAAAUUAUUUGUUCUAAGAUUGAAAUGUGUUGGGUUUUUUUUUUCCACUGAUUUACUCUGUGUUCUGUCAAAAUCGGUAAAUGGGGGUAUAACACAUAAUGGUUGGACAUCACAUACACGUCUUUAUUCUUUCAUAAUGUUUGAAUGUGCAAAGUGGGACUGUUCAGCUCAAAAUUACUCCCACUGCAGAAGUAUAGUGGACUUGACUUUUGCAUUGAAGUUAGUUAGGUAUCUGAACCAAUCCUCUUGUAUCCUGCUGCAAAAUAUGCAGCAAUAGCAUAAAAAUGCCUUUAUUUUUGUGUUACUAAAAACAUGGCACAAAUACACAUUUAAACAUAGCUGUAUAUAGUUUUUAAAAUAAGUGACUGAAUAGGAUAUAGUAAAACACAUGCUAACAUGCAGCAGGUGGAGAAAUGCAUUGUGACUUUUGUUUAAAGCUGCACCUUUUUAAUAUAUGAAAAGAAUAGUUUGGUUAAUGGUGUGAUGCACAAGUAAGCAGCCUGUGUUAAAGGGGAUAUAACUAUUUCUUAAUUGCUAAAGGCCCUGGGUUUCAGCUAUUCCUUGGAUGUUUUAUGUUUACAGAACUUCUUUUCAUGUCCUGUAAUGUUGUUUCUUCAGUUCGGAGGUAAAAGAAAAAAGUUUAGUUUGAGUAAGACAAAAAGCAGACCCUGUGAAUAUUGUAUGGGAAAAUAAAAAUUAAUAUAUGAA